AUGUCGGGGCCGUCGGCACAGAGGCCCUCGUCGACCGGCGACGGAGUUGACCGUCGGCGCAAGGUCACCGUCGGCACACUGCUGUCUAAACCGACGGUCACCGUCGGCGCAAACCGGACCGUUGGCACAGAAAGUUGGCGCCCGAAGGUCACCGUCGGCACAGCCGCGGCCGUCGCCCGCAAGCCACCACUGCCGCCGCCCGCCACCACUGCCGCCGCGGCCGUCCCCUUCCCAGCCGCCGCGCGCCACUCGGUCCGCCGCCCGCCGGAUCCCGACCCGCCGCCCCCCACCAGCCGCCGCCACCGGUGCCGCCGCCCGCCGUCCCCUUCCCACCCCCGACCCGCCGCCACCACCAGCCGCCGCGCCACCGUCCCCACCGCCGCUGCCGUCCCCUUCCCCACCGCCGCGCCGCCGUCCCCUUCGCCACCGCCGCGCAGCCAGCCGACGCCGCCCGGCCGGCCUCCCUCACCCGCCCGACCAGCAGCUGCCAGCUCCACCCCGGCCUCCCCGACCCGCAGCUGCCGGCGCCCUCGGCCCGACCUCUCCUACCUCGCCCUCGGCCGCCCUCCCCCUGCCGCCAUGGUCCCGUAG